UGCUCCGGCACCACCUCCGCCGCCGCCUCCUCCUCCAGUUCCCUCCGGCUUAGCUCCUCCUGCCCCCGGCGGUGGCGCCCUCAGCACCGAGGCUGUAUGAUCAGGCUACAGUCUUCAAUGAGUAACCAUAUUCCUCAGUUCUGUGGUGUUCUCGGUCACACAUUUAUGGAGUUUCUGAAGGGCAGUGGGGACUACUGCCAGGCACAGCACGGCCUUUAUGCAGACAAGUGAACUGUAGAAAUUGAUUACUGCUCCACCAAGAAGCCCCCUUAAAGAGUGGUUACCACAAUAAGAAGUAUUGGAUUGAAAUUGGCAGAGCAUUUUACAAAGGAGUUCUGACCUGGAUGGGGUAACCUCAGUGCACUGCCUUUCUUUUUGCCUCAGUAUUACAGGAUUGAAGAUUUGCUGCUUCUUGUUUAGGAGGUUCAUUUCAUUUCCCAUUGCUCCCAACUUCAUAUUUGUUGGCACUGGAAACUUUUAGUGGCUUUUUGUGAAGUAGACUUUAGUUCUCCAUUAAUCAGUUAGGUUUU